AGAUCCCAAAGAACAGACACGGAGAAGUGUCGGUGAAAAACUUGAAAAAAUGUUAUUGAGUGUAUUCAAAACGCCGGAAGCCUACGAUAAUUGCUGAACAAUGAAUUAAGAUCUCAUUUUUUUCGCCGCUCCCUCUCGUAUCAUUUUGAUCGUUUUCCUAACGCCUAUCGCACCAGGCGCCAGCAGCGAUCCCCUCCCACACCCGCCUGUAAGUUUUUCUACAGUAGAAGGAGCUAGUUAGUCUUCAUUUCUCUCGUCGCCAAGAGACUUAAUUCGUGAACUUUAACUUUUGUGCCUCUUCUUCCAUUCAUACAUAACUACAACCCCACGACAAAGUAGAAACCAAUCAUCAUGCCCCCACCCCCCGGUCGGGCGGGCGCGAACCAGCGCGACCGAGUUUUGGAGCAGGAGGACGCGGACUUGAUCCAGAUCCCCAAAUGGCUCCGUGAGCACGAGUUGGUCUCCCGAGAUUUUGUGCUUCUAUUCCACAACCGCUACACCCACCGACAGGUCCGCAAAGUGCUGCUCUCCCUCCUCUGGCUCGCCGGCGCGGCCUAUUUCCGGUCCCAGAUCUACAUCAUCUUCUCCGGCAUCGGGUUCAUUUUUCUCUUAUGAAAUGUAACAGUGUCUGGGUCUGGAAGAAUUCACGUUUGUCAUGCUUGUCUGGCAUGACUCUUAAAUCUGUCACGCACGUUACCCAAGACCUCCGUUUUUCUGUGAUGCAGAAGCGCAGUUUGUCAUGCAGAAUAGGCAACACCUAGGAGCUCAGAAACUUGUCAUGCUGAGCCAGCACUUGUGGCCGCUUCAUGAUACGCCAACCAGCAUCACAAGUUCCCAGACCCAGACACUUUUACAUUUGAUAUCUCUCCCUCGGCGCCCGGGCAGAGGACGACGACGGGGUGUCCGCCUACAGCGUCUUCAACCGCGGGGCUCGGCAUAUGGAUGUGUCAGGUUUGAAAUCAUCAGAGUUGAAAUAGUUUGUCAUGCAUAAAAUGGAUGCCAGUUGGAGCCCAGUUUUCAAGUGGCGCAUGACAAGUUUUGUUGGUGCCUAAAUCCAGUUUGUAAUGCUGUUUGGGUAAGGAAGACACGUUUUGUCAUGCUACUUUGGCGGCUCUAUUUGAUUUCUACCCCUCAACAGGCUUGCAAUCUGCCUCCCUUGCCUACUCUGCAAGACAGGCACUUUGUGGGUUGCAUUUUAUGCAUCGCAAAUUAUUUCAACUUUGACGAUUUCAAUCCUGACGCUUCCAUACGGCACCUCCUCGGCGACCUGCGGCCGGACCAGAUAGACCGGGAAAACCGUGGGGUCGCGCACAUGGGCGGUGGUGGGGGAAAUGGUGGCGGAGGCUUGGGGGGAGACUUUGCUAUGAACUGCAAAAGUAUCGUAUUCGUAGUAUUGCAAUGCAAAUUAGCUCAGCAUGACAAAUGGAAUUUCUCAUGCUGAUUUAGCUUGAAACAGAAAUUUGUCUUGCAUGAUUGCGAUUAGUACGACGAGUACGAUACUUUUGCACAGCAUAUGUGCCGGCGCGGAGCAAAUGAAGUCCAAGGACGCGAACAAACCUUGCGCGUGUGGCUCAGGAAAGAAAACGAAAAAGUGCUGCGGCGCGGUUAGGUAGCGACUGCCUGCUUCGUCGUGUUGCGUCAGGAUCAAGAACAGAGAUCCUAGCCGCGUACUCGAGUGGACGACCAAGCCGGAGCGAUCGCUGCGCUAACGCCGACGACAGCCUGUGCUGCAAAAAUAAAACACACGAAUAGAAAUAGAAUGUACGUACAGAAGUAGAACGCUAACCAUCUAGCGCAUGGACAUAAAUACGUUCGCGAUAUGCUCCAAAUCGAAAUCCAAUCCAGCACAAGCAUAAGCAUAAGCAAGAAGAGACUGAAUGCCUGCCACACUUCCGGUGCACAAGUGUAAAGUUGCUGUGAGUCAGACGAGAUGCUUUUUUUCGUGUUCCUUCAGGAGUACUUACAGAUAAUACUUCACGCCAUUGGAUCGGUAAUUGUAUUGUUAUUUGACCGAAUAAAAGCAAACCAGUAUGCGAAGCACGAGCGUGCGUCGCGCGGGCGUAUGGUGCGUCUUUGCCUUUGAUGUUACGCAAUCUUCAUGACGCCUGAAUGACCAAGACAAGUGAUACAAUCGUAGGGGAAUUAUUCAGG